ACGCGUGACGUGCCUCACACGUGCCAGUCGCGCCGCGCGCGCCCACUGGUCUACAUAUGUGUAUGGCGUUCUAACCUAAAAUCAGUUUUUCGGAGAUAUUUUCCGUGCCUUCGCAAGAUCUAGAAAUAUUUAGUUUGUAACUAAUUAUUAUAAAUUUUUGUAACAUCUGAUUGAUAAAGUAUAAUUGUAAAUUAUACAUUUUGUUGUUGCGACACAAAUCGCACAAGGAGAGAUGUGUUCGGUGAAGGAUUGCAUGUUUGACGGUAACGAUGGUGAAAUACCUAAAACGAAGGAAAAAGAUUUAUCGACAGAUACGUUGUGCAGAAAAUGCAAAUGUGAAAACGCCGACGUUUUGUUGACCGGCCAAAGCGGUUAUUGCCAGGCUUGUUUCCUGAGUGUCACAAACCACAAGUUUAGAGCCGCGCUUGGUAAAUCUAAGAUUAUUCGCCACGGCGACGCGAUACUGGUCGAUCAUUCGGGAGAGUUGAAUUCCACCGUGCUCCUACAUCUCAUUAAGGCUGGCAUGAGCGAAUCUGCUCACAAGAGACUCAUCUUCAAGACGGUAGUUUUGUACAUAGAUGAUACUGCGGGGAAAACAAGCGAGGAAAGGGACACGCUGCGACGUAAGAUCGCCGAGGAAACAACGGCUUCUGGAUUUAACGGUUAUGCUGUGUCGAUGAGCCAGGCUUUGAACGAGGGGGAUACUCUGGACGUAAAGCCGAUGGACCAGGAGAUAAACCGCGAGAAUGACAGUCGGCUGCGCGCGAUAUUGGCCAAUUUGUCGGACGACACCUCGAGGACGGAUUUUCUCGGUCAGCUGCGCCGGUGCUUGCUUCUGUCGGCAGCCCGGAAACUGAAUUGCAACAAGAUAUUCGUCGCCGAGUCUGCCGUGGACAUCGCCGCGAAGGUGCUUGGGGACGUGUGCUUGGGCCGAGGCGCGCAGCUCUCCACGCAGGCGAGCUUCUGCGACGCCCGUUGCGCCGACGUCAAGAUACUCAAGCCGAUGAGGGAUUUCGCGCAGCAGGAGCUGAUUUAUUACGCCGAGUACCACAAGAUAAAUUCUGUCAAGCCGAUGCACGCAUCUGGCACGCCACCAUCGGCCACCUCCAUACAAGCGUUGUCACGCGAUUUCACGACGCAACUGGAAUCUCAGUUCUCCGGCACGGUGUCCACCGUAUUCCGCACGGCCGAUAAAAUAAGCCCGAGGGUCGACGGGCCGCGGCGAGGUAUGGAAGACAAUUGCGCGCUGUGUGACGCGCGAUUGGACCUGCCGUCCUCCGGCGGCGAAGUGACCGCCAUGAGGGCGAUCGAGGUUUCCAAGCUGGUGUCGUCCAAGUGCGUCGACGCAAGUUCGCCUGGCAACGAAGAAAACGGAGACUCGAAUUGUCUCCCUCCACCCGACAACAGUGGUUGUUGUAACGAUAAUACUGAGUGCAGUUGUGAGAACAAUAGAAAGGGACAAGUAACCGCGGAGGACGUUUGGAGGCAUCUGUGCUACAGUUGCAGACGGAUAUUUCAAAAUUCAGAGAUUUUACGCAACUCGCCAUCGCCAUUAUUGUUCGCCGUUCAACAGAGAGUAGCUUUAAAAAGUAUGAGAGAGAAAAUUAGUGACUUUUUAUUAUGAAUAAAUGGAGAGACUUUUCACGAUUUAGCGCGCAAGGCCGUAAAACGAGAGGCAUUUGUACAUUAUGGUGUAAAUAUAGUUAAGAGAUUUUUUAAUUUAAA